AUGCUCUCUUCGGCUGCGAUGGUCCUGCCAGCCCUGGCGGUGCGCCAACUAGGUAAUAGCCACUUUCCGUGUCCCAAUGGCAACAACACGCAGAUCGGAGACAUACAAAAGUUUGACGUGUUAUGCGGUGUCGACAUUGGAGGCAUCGAGAUAGAUCGAAUGCAGGUAGACUCGCUCAGCACCUGUGCUGGCAUUUGUACCUCCCAUCAGAAUCCCCGAUGCGACGGCGUCACCUUCAGACUGGAUAACACUUGCAUCUUCAAAUCGGAUCUGUCGGGUGCUCAGAUCAAAGCGGCCAGCGGCGCGGACUCGGCAAGGGGCAUUAUGCCCAAUCCGCCUCCGACUUCAGGUUGCUCAUCUUUGGGCACGGGGAAUAUUGAGUUCGUGCAGGCGAAGAACUUCAACCUGCAAUGCGCGCAGGUGUUUGUCGGGAACGACAUUGAACAACAGUUCCAGCCCUCGUUCGAGGCAUGCCUCAACGCUUGCGCAAACAUGACGGCGUGUGGGGGUAUCAGCUUCGACCUCACUCAGUCUGCGGGUUUCAAGAAUUGCUACCUGAAGACCGAGAUCACCACGGGAGGGCUACUCGCCAAGGCUAACAUCGACUCUGCCUUCGUCUCGGUGAACAAUGCUGCGGCGAACCCUUCGUCGCAGGCUUCGGGGGGGUUUGUCACGCAAUCCUCGGCCCCUGCGAGUGCAGCCAGUUCUACGACAACAACCACCAGCCAGCCCGCAGCUGCCACGACCGUGAUGAUGACCACGGUCUCCGUCCCGGCGUCCUUUGAAGAGGCCACGUCGACUCCCUCGUCCAUACCCGUUGCGACAGUUGCCCCAGUCCCUGCGGACACAGCCGUAUCGUCCAACGCCUGGAUCGCCGCGCCCGUCAUCGGCGGCCUAGCGGCAGUGACCCUGAUUCUCGGCAUCUUUAUUCUCUGGGGCCGCCGGCGGCGCAGCGGUGGCCGUAGCCUGCCCUUCGCCGGCGGGUUCGGGGGACGCCUCCCCCACGGUCGUGCGUUCUUCGGUGGCGAGAAGCUCGUCGAUGAGGAGGCCACGCGCGUGAGGAGCUCGGUGUCGAGCCGGGGGCUUGACAGCGCCAUGUCCGGUGUGGCAAAGUCCGGGGCAUCUGGCGGCAUCAAAGUCCUCAGCGGCAGUGGUCGGCGAGUUGGCCACGAGACCAUGACUGCUGGCACCGGGCCUGGUUUGGACGACAUGGUGGGCCUGCGGGAUAGCCAGAAUGGGUUGAAGUUGAACGGGGUUAGUGUCCACAGUGCCAACCGGGAAUCAGUGCCUGGGAUUCCAGGCGCGUUUGCUGGGCCUGAGACAAAGUGA